AUGGAAGUCAAUGGUGAACCAGAUAUAGCUGGUAUUUUAAGCGCGGCUUUAAUGCCAUUGAAAGAUAUGAAACAUGCAGAUAUUUUGGACCAGUAUGAAAUGAACAUGGCUGAUGGAAAUAUAACACCUGACGUUCUAGAACAUUUAUCUCAAAGAACUACACAGAACCAUAGAGAUGGUAUAUUUGGUGAAGAGUUUAGAAAGAAAGUUAGGGAGAGCGAAGGAAGAGAACCUAUUGUACAUGACCUUGCAAAUGAAAGUUUACAAAAUGUCAUAAAAACUUACUUUGCAGACAAUGAACUGAGAAGGGAUGAAUAUUUAAGAAAACUCAAAUGGACAGUACCAAAUGAAAUGUUAGUAUUGAAAAACAUGUUCCUUGACAAAAUAAAACCAACUACAGAAAUAAACGACGCAAGACUGAAAGAUUGGGUAAAAGCUUUCCCAUUCACAAAAGAUAUUGUUGGUAACAUGGAAAGAAAACCAGAAUGGCUACAAAAACAUAUAUUUGGAAACGAGCAUAUUCCAUAUGGACAGGCACUGUUUGAAGAGCUUGAACCAGAAACUCAGGAAAGAGUCAUGCAAACAAUACGCAAAGACUCAAAUACAGACUAUGACAAACUCUUUCUAGGAUAUAGGUUACCUGAGAUGGGCGACCAGAGCCAAAAGGCAAAAAGGACAUGGGAAAUUUGCAACAUACUAGAUGAACAUAAUGCAAAGAUGCAACAACUUCAAGCAGAGGGCAAUGAAGGAAAAAGAAGAGUUAAAAACUCAGUCAGGAAGAAAGUAAAGCUUGGUCCACGUGGGUUCUAUUAUGACAUAUAA